AUCGCUGAGCGCGCGUGUUAACUAUUAUUAAAGAGCACAUUUGUGUGUGUUUGGGUGUGUGUGUGUGUGUAUUAGCGCCCAUAUGUUAUUUAACUUGACGUAUCGCUAUCAGCAAAAUGAUAACAUCAACAAACAACAAUAAAAACAACAUUUAGCACAUUUGGUAUGUGCGUUCUCUUAUAAGAUAUCGGCACGGCACAUACCACAUACAUACUCGUACAUGUGCAUAUUCAUUUUCGCCAGUAAUUAAACGAAUUCUUAACUGAGGGAAAUUUAAAAGUGCGCGAGGCAUUGUUGGCUACGGAUCGGCGUGAAAUUGAUCGCAACGUGUGCAGGUUAUACGUUGUGCUGACGGUGGUGUUCAUUGGCACAAACGCGCAAACAUACUCGUACAUACUUAUAACGAAAGUGAUUUUUGUAGUUCGGCAUAUGUACAUUGCGAAAUUUGUGCUAGUUUGAUAAGCAUAUUGGAAAUAUUGAUUCGUAGCUGCAGGAGUAUAUACAUCUUUAAUAAAAAGUGAUUUGAAUUGUUGAAAGUUGCCUGAAGACCUCGUAAUAAUAAAAAAAUAAAUAGAAAGCCACAUAUUCAAACCAGUGCCAACUUGAAAAAAUUAAAAAAGAAAUAAAUCGAUAAAAAAACCAUAUUAACUGACUUAAUUGAAAAUUAUUGUCUAUUCAUGAAUGUGAUUAAUGAAAUGCAAUCAAAGUCUAUCAAAUAAAAACAAUAAGCAUUAUAAUUAAUUUGAAUGCGCAAAAAAAUCAAAAAAUAUAAGCCUGAGAUAAAAUAUAAAUUGAUAAAAAAUUGAUUUAAAAAAAUUGCUAAAAAAUUAAUUGCAAUAAUAAGCCAUCAGUGUCGUAUUGCAAAAUAAUUAGCCAGGGGGAACUGUGCUGAUGCCUUGCAGCGUUUUGACAAAAUGACUAAUUUUCAAAAUGAACUUGGCGAAUGUGUGUGGGUGAAGCCGCAAAAUGCCGGUGACAAUGAAUUUGUGGUGCCGUUUGGCGCGCGCGUCAUACGCACAGAGAAGACGCGCACGCUUAUUGCCAAUGACGAGGGUAAGCAAUUUUGGGUGCCCGCAGAGGAUGUAAUGAAAGCGAUGCAUAUCACGUCACAGCAAGGCGUCGAUGAUAUGAUUACGUUGGGUGAUUUGCAGGAGUACGCAAUUUUGAGGAACUUGGAGAUGCGUUACGCAAAGCGGCUUAUUUAUACCUACACCGGCUCCAUGUUGAUCGCCAUUAAUCCCUACCAAGUGCUACCGAUUUACACGAAUCGUGAGAUCACGAAAUACCGUGGGAAGAAGAUCAGUGAGCUUCCACCGCAUAUAUUUGCCAUCAGCGAUAAUGCCUUUCAGCAGUUGAAACGUGAUCACCAGAAUCAGUGCAUUGUGAUUAGCGGCGAAUCGGGCGCCGGCAAAACGGAGAGCACGAAACUCAUACUACAGUAUCUGGCCGCUAUUAGUGGCAAGCAUUCGUGGAUCGAGCAGCAAAUUAUAGAGGCCAAUCCAAUUUUGGAGGCUUUCGGCAAUGCGAAGACGGUGCGCAAUGACAACUCGUCGCGUUUUGGCAAAUACAUUGAGAUACGCUUCACGGAUGCGGGCACCAUACAGGGCGCGAAUAUCGAGCAAUAUCUCUUGGAGAAGUCACGCAUUGUGGCGCAGUCGCGCGAUGAGCGGAAUUAUCAUAUUUUCUAUUGCAUGUUGGCGGGUCUGAGUAAAGCUGAGCUGACGCGUCUCGAACUGUUGGAUAAAUCGCCUACAAAGUACCAUUACUUAUCACAGGGUGGCUGUCAUGAGUUGCAGGGUAAAAAUGAUGCGAAAGACUUUGCGGACAUACGCGCUGCUAUGAAGGUGCUCUCUUUUGGUCCCGAGGAAGUGUGGAGUAUAUUUAGUCUUCUGGCGGCCAUACUACAUCUGGGCAAUAUGUACUUUAAGGCGACAAUUGUACAAAAUAUGGACGCGACGGAGGCUAACGAUGUUGUGAGCUUGCAGCGCGUAGCUUCCUUGUUGGGCGUCACGAAGCAAGCUUUGGCCAAUGCGUUGACGUCGAAAACGAUAUUUGUGCAUGGUGAACGUGUUGUGACCAGCCUCUCGCGCGAAAUGACCAUUGAAGGCCGCGAUGCGUUCGUGAAGUCGUUGUAUGGCGCGAUUUUCGUGCGCAUCGUUGAGCGCAUAAAUACGACUAUCGAUACGAAGGAUAAGUCGUCGAAAUCGUUAAAUACGAUCGGUGUUUUGGAUAUCUUUGGUUUUGAGAACUUCACAGAUAACAGUUUCGAACAGUUGUGCAUCAAUUAUGCGAAUGAGAAUCUGCAGCAAUUCUUCGUGCGACACAUUUUUAAGAUGGAGCAAGCGGAAUAUGAACAAGAGAGCAUAAAGUGGCAACACAUUGACUUCCAGGACAAUCAAGAGAUAUUGGACUUAAUUGGCAUGAAAUCGGUGAAUAUUAUGUCACUCAUCGAUGAGGAAUCGAAGUUUCCAAAAGGUACCGAUAACACAUUGCUGGAGAAAUUGCACGUACAACAUGGUAAUCGCUCCAUAUAUGUCAAACCUAAAUCCAACCAAGCCGCACUCUUUGGUAUAAGACAUUACGCCGGUGUUGUUAUGUAUAAUCCAAAUGGGUUUCUGGAGAAAAAUCGUGAUUCCUUCAGCAUGGAUUUACGUGAGAUGAUUGGAAAAUCGAAAAACAAGUUCCUCAUAGAUAUUUUUCCACUACAAAUGCCAUACGAUACGAUGAAGAAACAGUUAACAUUGUCCGUUAAGUUUCGAAACUCAUUGGAUCUGCUCAUGCGUACACUAUCUGCAGCGCAUCCGUUCUUUAUUAGAUGCAUUAAGCCGAAUGAGGAGAAGAAAUCUAAUUUAUUUGAUCGUGAGCUCUGCGUACGUCAGCUGCGCUAUUCCGGCAUGAUGGAGACGGCACGCAUACGGCAUGCCGGUUACCCUAUACGUCACAGCUACAAGGAUUUCGUCGAACGUUAUCGUCUGCUACUGCCGAAACUCGGUCCAACCCGUGACGUCGACUGUCGCCAAGUCACCGAGCAGAUAUGCAAACAAUUGCUACCCGCCACCGCCGAUUAUCAGUUCGGGCGACAGAAAGUAUUUCUAAAAGAUGUGGACGAUACAUUCCUAGAGAAGGAGCGUGCACGCAUAGUGCUCCAAUCCAUUAUAGCUAUACAACGCGGAUUUCGUAAAGUACUCUUCCGACGUCAACUGCGACGUUAUCGCGAAGCUGCGCUCACCAUACAGAGGGUGUGGCGUGGCUACAAGUACCGACGCGAUUUCCUCAUUGCACGUCAAGGUUUCCACCGUUUGGGCGCUUGCAUUGCACAAAAACAACUAACGCAUCAAUUCACAAGACUGCGCAGUCGCAUCACACACUUGCAGUCUUACUGCCGCGGCUAUUUGGCACGUGAGGCGUUCAAGUUGCGCCGCCAGCGUCAUAAGGAAUUGCAAGCGUUGCGUGCGUCGGAGGAGUUACUAAUACGACAGGCGCGUGAACAUCAACAGGCCGAGCGAGAGCGGCAGUCACGACUCAGCGCCCAUGCAGCAGCUGAGGCAGCCAAAUCGGCUCAUCAGACUACUCCUCCGACUGCAGCACAAGCGGCUAUGAAUGGCCAACUGGCUGUGAACGGUAAGCACGGUAUUAAUGGCGCAGCCGUAGCUGAGCAGCGACAAGUCAAAGAAGUGCCCAAUGACAAUUACAUCGAUCUGGAGUCAUCGAAACAGAUUGUGGACGACGUUUUUGGCUUUCUCGACGAUGCCGAUCCUCUACGCCAUGCGAUGUCCACAGGUGGUACAAUACGCAUGCCCAAGCCCAAAACAAAUACCAUCGAUACAUCUGAGUAUAGUUUUGCGAAAUUCGCUGCCACCUACUUUAAUGCACAAGCGACGGGUUAUCAUAGUACAAAGCCGUUAAAGAGGCCUUUGCUUGAACAUGACUUACCUAUGGAUGGCAUUGCCGCCAAGGCCAUUUGGAUAAUGAUAUUGCGUUUUAUGGGCGACAUGGCCGAAGCGAAAUUUGAAGACGAUAAUGAAAGCAUAUCACAAACUCAAAUCGCCCAAUUUAAUAAUACCGGUAAAGAGUUUGUGGGCACUGUGGGUAAAUCCAGCGUUAUGCAACGUCUGACAAUGACACUUUCGAAGAGCGUCUCACAGAGUAAAGAGUUUCAAGCUGCACUCGCUGCAUUGAACGAAACCGAAUCGAAUCAUCAACGUUUGAUACGAAAAACAUUGAAACGCAGAACAAAAUUGCCGGAUCUAUUACGCAAGUCGUUAGAUAAUAGCGAGGAAAUCGAAUUCUACGAGCAAGUCUUGAAUGUGCGCAGCAAUAAUUUAGAGAAAUUGCAUUUCAUAAUUGGGCAUGGUAUACUGCGGCCCACUUUGAGGGAUGAAAUAUUGGCUCAAAUCUGUAAACAACUAACCAAUAAUCCUUAUCGCACUUCAUUCGCCAAGGGUUGGAUAUUGCUGUCUCUCUGCAUAGGUUGCUUUCCGCCUAGUAAACGUUUUGAGAAUUUUCUACGAUGUUUUAUACAGAAUGGACCCGCGCUGUAUGCGCCGUAUUGCGAAAAUCGUUUGGACCGUACGCUAAAGAAUGGACCACGUACACAACCACCAUCAUGGCUUGAGUUACAGGCAACUCGCAAUAAGUCCAACAUCACGUUAAAUGUAUUUCUUUCGGAUGGCAAUAUGAAGAAGUUACAGGUGGACUCUGCUUCCACAGCAAAGGAAGCAGUACAACAGUUAGCAGAGCAUAUUGGACUCUUGGAUAAUUUCGGCUUCUCCAUUGUUAUCUCGAUCUACGAGAAAGUCAUGUCACUAGGCAAUGGCAAUGAACACAUAAUGGAUGCCAUCUCCAAUUGUGAGCAGUACGCGAAGGAACAGGGAAAGAAUGAGAAGAAUGCGCCUUGGAAGUUGUAUUUGCGUAAAGAAAUGUUUUGCACUUGGUAUGAUCCAAGUAUGGAUCCACUGGCUACUUUUUUGAUAUAUAAACAGAUAACACGUGGACUCAACUUUGGUGAAUAUCGCUGUCGCACCGAAAAAGAUAUUGCCAUGAUCUGUGCACUUGAAUAUUAUGUGGAACAGGGUGCAAAUAUGGAUAGAAAUGUGUUACGAAAACUUAUACCUGACUUUGUGCCAAAGAAUCUCUUGACAGCAGGUGAGAAAAGCCUGAAAACUUGGGAGGAGCUUAUAACAGCAACAUUUGCCAGCAAUGAAUAUGUGAAGACCGGUACACCUAAACAGGCCAUGGAGGAUAUCUGCUUGUUUGCACAACUCUCAUGGGCUAUGUAUUUCUCGCGGUACUUUGAAGCUGUACGCAUGUCUGGUCCAAAACUCAUCACAGAUAAUGUAGUUAUAGCCAUCAAUUCGAAUGGUGUCUAUUAUAUUGAUGAAACCGAGCAAGUGUUGGCCGAACUAUCCUAUGCCGAGUUGAGCCAAGUCACGUGCGUCUCAGUGGAGUGCUCGAACAUCAGUGAGCUACAUAUUGAAACAGUGCAGAAGGAGGAUUUCAUCUUCAAAUGUUAUGAAGCGGCAGAUAUCGUGGAGUUGAUAAAUUUUAUGUUGAAAAAUCUCAAAGCGCGAUCGAAAUAUGGCAUUGCCAUUGAGGAUUACAAACCAGCAUCAGAAGAGCGUGAGGGACGUUUAUAUUUACUAAAAGGUGAUUUGGUGCAAUUUGAUGGCGAUAUAACUGGAGCGCAUGUAAUGGAGGGUAAAAAGCGAUGGUUACCAGGAAUUUGCAACGACGAGUUGGGUGAAUUUCCAGUAGAAGCUGUCAGCGUGCUAGCAACGUUAGUAAAACCCACCGAAAAGUUAAUACAGAUAUACAAGGAGAGCGCUGAAAGCGUACACAAGCGAAAUUUAAAAUCGAUUAAAUAUACAACUAUACAGCGUCAACGUAUGCAUACACUGAGAAAAUUUGCUGAAGAACAUUUUCGCGAUGACAUCGUCGCUGGCCGUCCUUCACAGGCUCAGCUGCAUACCUUGAAGUCAACCAAUGAUGAGCUAUGGCGUCAUUCAUACAACAUGCUUAAGGCCCCACUACUGAAAGUUCUCUUACGUGAUCCCGAGAAUUUUCAAAAAGCGCUUGUAAUAUUCUAUAACAUAUUGAAGUAUAUGGGGGACACGCCGCAUGGCAAGCAGAUCGUAAAUACCGAUUUCAUUUUCAAACCUGCGCUCGAGUGUGAGACCCUUUGCGAUGAACUCUACUGCCAGCUGAUGAAACAGUUAACAGCGAAUCGUUUGCAACACAGUGAAGAACGCGGUUGGGAUUUGAUGUAUUUGGCGGCGGGUGUCAUGUAUCCCAGUCCAUUGAUUAUGAAGGAGCUGCUGGAAUUUCUAAACACGCGCACACAUAUCCUGGCAACAGAAUCACUGAAGCGACUGAAACGUACACUUGCGAAUGGUCAACGCAAACGACCACCACAUGCCAUCGAAGUGGAGGGCAUACAGCAGCGUUUCAUGCAUAUUUAUCAUAAGAUAUACUUUCCAGAUGGCAGCGUGGAAGCUUUUGAAAUUGAGUCGUUUACACGCGCUGUACACCUUACACAAGAUAUUGCGAAACGUUUUGAGCUCAAAACUUGCGAGGGCUUCUCACUAUUCGUGAAGAUCGGCAAUAAAGUGUUUUCCAUGCCGGAAACGGAAUUCGCAUUCGAUUUCAUUAACGAAUUGGAAGAGUGGAUGAAAGUGAAUUUACCCAGCCGCUCAAUGACGCAAGUCGCUUUACAGUAUCAACUGUAUUUCAUGAAAAAACUAUGGUUCAAUGUGGUGCCCGGUCGUGAUCCUAAUGCCGAUAUGAUUUUUUACUAUCCACAAGAAGUGCCUAAAUAUUUGAGUGGUUACUAUAAGGUGGAUAAAGACUUGGCGAUCACAAUGGCUGGCUUAAUUUACAUAGUUGGUUUUGGCACAAGUACAACACAUUUGCAUAGGAUUGGUGAUGUGCUACCACAUUUGGUGCCCGAAGAUAUUAUAAUGCUCUUGAAAGUUACCGAAUGGCGUCCGCGUAUAAUACAGUGUGUAAGUGGGCUGUUGGAGGAGAACGUCGAUGAGCGGGAAGCGCGACAACGUUUUCUCAGUCAAUUAACAGCGCAGCAAAUGUUUGGUUCGACAUUCUUCUUGGUGAAGCAGAGCGGUGAUCAGAAUUUGCCUGAGACUAUAUUGAUUGCGAUAAAUAAGCGUGGUUUUCACAUUAUACAUACCGAAACGAAGGAUAUACUGCAAUCAUACGGUUAUGCCGAUUUGAAUUUCUGGAGCUCAGGCAAUACAUAUUUCCAUAUGCGUUUUGGCAAUAUGAUUGGUGCCUCGAAAUUGCUUUGCACCACCACGCAAGGUUACAAAAUGGACGACUUGCUUACUUCAUAUAUCAAAUAUUUUAAUGAGAAGUAG